CUACCCCAGCAGAACACCCCCCCGUACAACGUGGGUGCCUUCCGCUUCGAGCUGACCUUCUCCCCGCGGCACCCGCUGGAGCCACCCCGUGCCACCCUCCGCACCCCCAUCUACCAUCCCGGCGUGGACCCUGAGGGUCGCGUCUGCCAGCUCCUCACCACCCACGAGCACUGGGCACCCACCACCCGCGCCAUCCAAGUGCUGCAGGACCUGCUGCUGCUGCUGGACAGCCCCGACUCCCAGCGGGUGCUGCGGCCAGACCUGGCCCGGGAGCUGCAGGAGCACCCYGAGGAGUUCCGGCGCCGGGCACAGGAACACACCCGGCUCCACGCCGAGCUGCGCCCCGACCCCCCCGGCCCCUGA